AUGUUCCGUGGUGCUAGCAUGUGCGGAAGAUUCGGAGGCGGGCAAUACAUGUACAUCCACCCGUUGGGAGAGGGACAAGACGAUACAGACCAGAUCGAGGCUGCCGUUGCGCGAUGCGAUCAUUAUGGAACGACAGUCAUCUCCGAGGGUGUCCACAACGUGACGAGGAAGAUGAUGUGGGACCUGGUGAGGCCAGGGUUGACCUACAUGUUCACAGCAAAUCUGCCGUACUGGAUGAACCCAGAAAACACAUAUCGUGUCGUGUAUAUCCAGGACCAAGCAUCGUGGUUCAUUGUCACAGGGCGCGACUUCACUCUCGAUGCGCAUAACACCGGUGGGAUCAUUGGCAACGGGCAGUACUGGUGGAACUGGUAUGGCACCUCUAGCCGGCUAGGCGGUGACGGGCGGCCUAUCGCUUUCACGCUCUGGCGCGUCUUGUUGGGCGUCAUCAAGGACUUCCGGAUCGAGGGCCAGCCGUUCUGGUGCAAUACGGUCGCGGAGUCCAAGGACGUGGUGUACGACGGGAUGUAUUGCAAUGCGACGAACACGAAUCCAGAGUACUAUGGGUACAACGUCGUUCCGAACACAGACGGUAUCGACACGUUCCGAGUGGACAAUGUCACGAUGCUCACCUGGGAUAUGACGUUAGGAGACGACUGUCUUGCGAUGAAGGGUAACUCCACAAAUCUCUACGCUCAGAACAUCACAUGCCACGGCGGCAACGGGAUCGCUGUUGAUUUCCUCGGGCAAUAUGCAAAUCUCUUUGACCGUGUCGAGAAUGUGACCCUGAAAGACAUUCGCUUGCUGCAUAUCAAUCCAGAGAUCCAGCCGAACACAUCGCCAAAAGUGCAGGUCGCAGAUCUCACAUUAUCAUGCGUUGUAUGA